AUGGCCAAUUCCGCUGACAAGGUUCAGAAUCCUGUGGGAUCCCUGAAGAUUCGGAUUCGACGUCCAGCAAGCAUGGCUGUCGGAGCAACCUCCGCUCCGUCUCCGGCUCCGCCGGGGGUUAAGAUUUCACCAGCAAAGCGAAAGCGUGGCCGUCCCGGUAAGACAGAAACGUCCUUGACUCCCGGCCCAGUUUCAAUGCCAGCCAUCGCGCCGGCAAAGCGUUUCCGCCCCAUUAAACUUUUACCGGCAUCCGCUCCUCCGCAGCCUCCGGUGGCUACAGCGAAACGUGGGCGCCCCAGGAAGGUGCCAAGCGUCGCCACCUCACUCACUUUCAAGCCAGAACCUCUGUCCAGUGCGAAUGAGGAGCGGAUCCGGGCCCGAUCCGAGGCCUACUGGAAAGAACUUCGAUGGGAACCAUCCCAAGAAGGCAAGAAAGACAACAUCGGUGCAACUGCGGCUUCUCAAAUGGAUUCUGUAUUUGCGGAGCCACUCCCCGCAACGACUCCUGCCACCAGGAACAAGCGGCUCAGAACAACUAAGGAGUCGGUUAAAAGCCAUUACCGGGGGGAGCAGCCCUCCGCCGCCGACAAGGAGCCAGCGUCAACAGCGAGCAAGGUUGUUGCUUUUUGGAAUAGCCAGAAGGCAGCGGCAGCGGCGAUCAAACCAAAGGUGAAGAGAGCAGCUGGCAGGAAGGCGCGUGCUUGA